AUGACACAACUUUGCCAAGGAACUACCACCAACGUGAGCGAAGGAUCGGAAAAAUGUGGUAAGUGAAACUUUCGCCGGAAUCAUCGCUCAGUUUGGAGCAGUGUUAAGUUGCAAACGUAGAUUAGAGCUAUUUUUAUUCACCAUUACACUGUCUGCACACAUCAUUUGUCCUAUGGCGUAUUCUGCGCAACAGGUAGUUCCCCAACGCCGACUAACGUCGAUUCUGACCCCCGCUUCACGGUGGCCUGAGUCCCCCCACCCUCGCUAAUUGUGACUAAAGUUGUCGGACAGAUUGACUCAUGCCGUCACUGUUUCACUUCAAGAAGACACGUAAAACUGGAGGGUAGCUUUAUAUGGCGGUUAACUGAGCAUUCGAUAGAGAUCCUUGUUUUCCACACGUACAUUGAUGUGCGAUCAUCGCGGAGGCCUACAAUCUCCAAAGUUGAAUUAGUGUCCCAUCUGAACGGCAGACUUUGCUACAUUUGACUGUUGGCAGAAAAUGGCCGCAUUGUCCUGAUUGGGGAUGAGAUUUCUCGGUAACAUCACUUGUUGAGUCCAGCCUAUGUGAAGCUUUGAUUUCGACUGACGCGAGGAUUGAUAAAGAGCAUUAUCUUUUUGAACAGCCGUGUUUGAGAGUUUAAUACGGUAAGCAAGUAAACAAGUACGUACAGUGAUAAACUUGUGUCGAAAGGAGUAAUGAACGAGAGCUUGGAGGCCAGCAUAUUGACGUCGUCAGUGCAUGAGGAGGCAGCGAGAUAUGAAGACAGUCGUCGCAAGUUGGCCAUCCAUUUUCGAAAGACGAGAACAUCGGAGAGCGGAAACCUGUCCGCCACUUUACAUUUCAUCUUGAACUGCAGAUGGAGGUUAAUGGAGUUUGAUCGUUCAUUGUAGUAUUAAAUUAUUUUCAGGUCAACGCCAAGGAAGGUGUCGUCAAUGUAGUUUGCUGAAAAUUUGGGUUUUUUACUUCGCAAACAGCUGUGUUUGGAAUUUUUAGGGAAUAGCCCCGGAAGUUACCCCUGCGAUUGGCGAACCCAUCGAUGUGUCCUUUGAUUCACCUGGGUAGGAUACCUUCGAAAGAAAAGAAUGUCCUGAGGCAAAUCAGUUUACUUAUUAUAGUCAACCAACACUAUGACAACUCUUAUGUAUUUCAUAUACUGUCAAAAAAUUGUGCCACCGACAAGGCAGACAUGCUUUUUAAUAGUCGUACUAACAGGCGAACACUUCCAAAUGAUAAAAACAUACGCAUCAACGCUGUUUCUUUUACACAUUCCUGACAGUAGUCUCGGAGGUCUCAGGACGAGUGAAUUUCAUGCUGACAGUUUCAAGACAGAAUGCAACCGGACUGUCAUUUUACUACUGCCAACUGAAUGCAACAUUGGGAGAGAUCGUGACCUACGUGGUGGACUGGAGAGGUUUGUCUGCUAACAAUUGGCCUCUACUUAUUCAUUACGAUAUUCAACCUCACUCUAAAUUGCUCACAUUUUACAGCUGUACUUGGUGUAAUUGGGCGUAUUUAGAUAUAUUCGCGGUGAAGUCCGUCAAGUCAUUUGUCGCGGGAAUAACUGCAUUUCAUACUUUGUUUCUGGCAGUGCAUUAGUGAACCUGGGAAUACGAAAGCAUGAACAUGUGGAAGUAUUGCAUAAGUACAAUGCACAAAGUGACUGCUUACACAGAAUGCUAUGGCGCGUUUGAGAAAAUGUGGCAGCGUACAAAUUCGCAGUUGCGAAAUAGUUAUUGCUUAUUCAACAAUUCCUCCAUUCCAAUGCGCAUCCAAGCAUGGACGCUGAUGGUACUUAGGUAGGCGCGUAGUGGUUGUGUAUUCCACUCAGCUGCAGAAUAAGUCUGUUAUUUAUACCCAGAGAACAGAAUCAAAUCCUAAUUUAUGCUCUCAAACAAAUGGGACAACUUAAAUAUGGUUUAUAUGCUCAUUACAUUGAUAGUAGUGGCCUAAUAUCUGAUUAACAAUGGUAUACGUGGGUCUCUUUAAGAAUAUUUUCUAUUGUCUGCGAAAAUCACAAUCAAAACAACGGCAUAUUGCAGUAUUUGACUAUGUGAUACACAACAAUGCACGCAGGUAGUGUGGGCAAUUUAUGUGUCGUCUGACAAGUGCUCAGUAUGACUUGCACCGAAUACGACGUUCUAUCUGCAUCCCGAAGACUGCGUAUCUUGUUGUUAACACUACUGAAAGCCUCACAGUCGAGGGACACUAAUUAAAAGAAAACAUGUGGCGGCAUCAAAAAAAACGAAUGUGAAUGUUAUUUGCAAUUAAAUACACGUACUACUGAGGCAAAUAUUACGAAAGCGCAAUUUCUAGUGAACAGUCUGGCCAUAUAGAAUAAACGCCAAAUUACAAAAUAUUUGAUAAGGAUGUAUAGCACGAGGCUGCACAGCACAGUGUAUAGAGUACCUUAAAACUCCACUCCAAAUCCAUCAAUCUCCUAGUAGUACUGUGAUGAUAUUUCCGACCUGGAAACAUGUUUUCUGACUGGAAUCAAGCCAACUCGGGUACACUGUGCAAAUUUAAAUGGUGACGUCCAUUUAACCAAGUAAAUAAUACUCUCCGUCAAAGAUAUCUUUGACGCUUUCAUAAACGCCAACACUAACGGCUGUUAUUGUUUGUGGAUUCAAUGCAAACAACCGACCUAAAUUCAUACGUUUGCUACCGUCGUCCAAGGUUACUCUUUUCCUCUGAAAUGACCAAUAAAAAUCAGACCACUGCAUACAAACUGCAGGUCCGACUAGCAUUUCGACAAAAAUCAGAUUUUGUGUUUAAAACAGGUGGCAUUGCCACUAAAACUAGGUCUUUUCUUUCACUCGCAAGGUUCCAGUCCUUUACCGGCAGGUUGCAUUCCACCAGCAACCCCUCCAACGUCUCUGCCACUUCUGACCUGCAAAGGAAGGCAGAAAUGCCGUAGAACAGUCUAAACCACAACUCUCCCUACAGCUGAAAGUGGUCCUCUGGAAUGCCUUUUUAUCUAAGAAAUUUCUGUUGUUUAGAUUGCAAGCGGAACUUCGCUGAGUAUCGGAAAUUUCAGAUUUCAAGAAAUAUAUGUAUCAGUUAAGAUGAACCUUUUGUUCGAAAUAUAGAAGGGCUUAAAUGGAUGUGGUGAACAUCACUUACUCUACUGACACCUCGACGAGGGACAUUUUGAAGAGCUUUUUCCCUUGCAGUCACGUGCACAGAACAAUAACUUAGUAGCGGAUAAUCUCAUGGAGGAAGUUCACUUCAUUAGUACUACAGCAAAUGUUGAUCUGUUGGAUAUAAAUCUUUAUCUUCUUGAGCCAGUGAGUGAUUGAGACAUUUAAAGCCUCUCAAAUGUCCUUAGAAAUAUGGGCCAAAUUUAGGGGAAGAAGGCCGUUCAUACAAUCACCUUGUGUACUCUGGCCAUUUCACAUUCAUCAGUUGUAAAACCUACUUCAGACUACCAAACAAGGAUUAAAGGUAUUACUAUUGACGCCUAAAGUUAUCAAUUUGGAGAAAUAGUGUGCGACAGACAGGUAGUGGUCUAAAAGACGUAAAACGUAUAAACAUCAAUGCGUGCUUAGUUGAUGCAAAUGAGAGGAUUAUAUGGGAUCUUAAUAACUGUUUAGAUGAAAUCUAAUGAGAAAUAUAUAAUGCACUAACUUGCCAGUGCAAAAUGCCGAAAGCACUGAAAUAUGCAUCAAAUGUAUAAAAUUAAUUUUGGGGAAACAUGACGCCCGACCAUGUAAAUAACAGAAUAAAUAAAGCGACAUAAGACUAGUAAUGUUUGAAAACUUAUUUCAUAGAGUUGUGCACAUUCCUGUGGUAGGACUCGGAAGACAAGUUGGUGAGCAUAUGCUUGGGUCUGAUACAUUCUCAUCAGACCAACGCAUGUGUAUAUGUAACAGCAGGGUCAAGUAAAAUCAAUGAGUGGUGAGAUACGUCAAGUAACGUUAGUCAAGUCACACAAGCAGGGGUGGCGAAGGGGUUAGGAAGAGCCGUGUCAGCGUUGGGAGGAGGAAGGAGGGCGCGGAGACUUGCAUGCAGUGAAGGGACCUUUGGCUAGGGUAAAUGCGGAGCUCGAAUGAUGUCCUUCUGUGUAUAUACAAGGCGUAGCCUUGCGGCAGUCAGUUCUGCUUUCGUUAGCAAUGGUGAAACAGUGACGUGGGGUACUUUGGCUGGACCUUAUAAAUCACAUGGAAGAUUUCGUUGGGGCUAACACCAUGUCAGCAAUCAAAGAUACCUACGAGAAUGGCACUGGCGGAAGGAGUUUCCGUAAUCUUUCAUAUGGGCGUCGACUCAUGCGACCGAUAUGGCCAGCUCUACAGAAGCAAGUAACAGAGUAAAUGCAUAUGUAGGUGGUUUGAGCUGACAACUCAUUCCCGUGUUCUCUGUGUGAAGCUGGCUUGGUCAAUAAGUAACGUCCGAAAAGUUUAUGAUACAUACAUCUUGGCUAACCUAACAUCUCAGGAGUUCCCUCGCCGCGCCCCCUUGAAUUGAGACAUUCAGAAGCAGAGUUUACUUUUCCGCUGGCAUUGUGGUGGAUUUUGCUGGUCUUUCGAUAAUAUUCUUUAUAAUAAAUCUGCCCGAUCACCGUCCUCGUGAAGGCAACCCCUAGAUCUUUCUAUGCUCCCUGUCAUUGCUGUCUGGCAAGCACAUUCCUUUUGCCCUUUGCAUCAAACGACGGAUUACGAUUUGAAAAGUCAAAUUGGCGAACACGUGUUUUCAGUAACUCUUCAUCAGGCUAAAACGGUUACAAUGAAAUUUAAGUUAUGCGAAUUACAUGACUUAUAAAUGAUUCGGGGACAAUUAACAUCGAUCGUUCCCACGCCACUCGCAUGACGAGGCGUGCUAUGGCGUGGUCGGCGUGUCGUGGUCAUUGGGUUCAGGGGGCGAGGAAGAGGGGGGGGCAUAGGCUGUGAGUACGUCGGGUACCUUGUGCACACACCCUGGCAUCAGGAGGUUGGGGCGACGUUGGGGUCGGCGUCGGCCACGGAAGACAGAGCGAUUACGAUUUGUUUCUGUUGAUGAGGGACGAGAUGACUGAAGCAGUUUUAUAGGCAAGAACCAGUUUUUCUCCGAUUGACACUCCUUUGAACAUAAAAGAAGGAGCUCGAACCUGCUGUUCCCACUCUUGCGUAAAGCAUGGUCAACAAACGUGCCUGCUGUACAACAUCUAGGAUGGCAGUUGCGUUAGUUUCUCUAAUGGUACUUGAGACGUUAUCAUCAAUAUGGCGAGCAUUACGUCAUAGGCUAUUGAUUUGGUAGUUUGGGCGAAAUUUCUACAGUUUACCCUUGAAGAUAUUGACAGUUCUGAUAUGAUUACAUGGCAUUCCGUCUAUUCGCCUACAUAGAUGGUUGUCAAAAUAUAAAAUACACAUUUAAUUCACCUCUUCUUAUCCUGCCUUACCUUUCCUGCGCAGAACGAAUGUCAAUUUUUCAGUUGAACGACAUUUGGUUUGGCAAACUUUUGCGGUUUAUAUUGCUGCCCAGCAUAACUGUGCUUUUCAUUUAUGGCUAUGUUUUUUCGACAGGCAGGAGAAUGUCAAAGGCAUAAUAAAUAGGACAUUUGUAUUAAUGUUCACUCAUGCUCACUAACAACAAGGCUCUUGAGACUUACACUGCAAGUGUAAUGACGCGAGGUAUAUUAUCAGAAAAUGCAUGAAGAAGUGAGUGAAAUUUCAAUAAAUGAUGGCCUCAAAUGACAACAGGUCUUACUUUUGGCGCACGGGUGAAUUUUCAUGUCGAAAACAAUAAAUGCCUCACAUAUGCGAACGGCGGCCAAUCAGAGUUUGCGGAAACUAUUAUUCAAGAGCAAAAAUACGACAGAGUGUUCGUAGAUUGUUAAUCCUCCUGUGAUGUAGAGACCCGAGGCAAUUUACCGUAGAGCAAUGCGAGUUUUAAAUGCAUUUGGAAAGGAUCUGACAUAAUGCACAGGGGAACUGACGAAUGAAUUCCAGACUAACGGAAAAUAAAAUAGAUCAGCCUUGGACGAAGAAGACAAACCGAAUAAGUCAUAAGGCAUAAAAAUUGCGUCUAACCCUCCAAAGCUUGCACAAUCUACACAAUAAAGGAGGAAUUAUUGGAUUGCACAAUCUAGACCUAGAUAUCGUCUGGAGGGAAUAACCCGGAAAUCAGCCAAAAUACCUUGAAUUUCUCACCCAAAAGAGCACAUUUUGCUGAAUUAAUAAACAAGAGAAAAUCACUGUACAUGAAUUUGGAUACUUAUGGGUAAACGAAUGGGUUUAACUUCGUAAAAGCCUAUUUAAAGGCUCUAACUCUUAGCUUGGCCACCGCAAUAUAAAAAGGCUUAGUAAACUACGUUGACUUAGCGUUAAGGAUCUAGUUUGCGCUUGAAAUGUGAAUCGACUUAUUGAGUACGGGCAAAACCAGCUGUUCAAAUGAUAUCCGAUUUCAGUCAGAUGUAGUUACGUAGCCACACCUGAGAUAAACCAACCCCCAGCAACCUCAAAUACGGGACCGUUAGUAAUAGGGGUUUUGUUCGUGGAACCGAAUAACGCACAGGCGAUCACGUCAAAUAGUUAGAUGCAAAAGAAAAGCAAUUGAGAGUGCGUGGUUGUACCUUCAGUGGUUGAGAAAUAGUUACGCUAACCCCUUACCCUGCCCCCUAUCCAUAACGCCUAACCAUAACCCCUGACCCUAGCCCCUAAUACUACCUCCUAAACCUAACUCCAACAGUAUUGUGUCCAUCUGGUUGGGCUUUCAAACCACAUCUUAUCCAAAAAGUAUUAAGAUUCCUGUUACUGACAGUUUUCUAGGGCUUACCACGUGGCAACUUAGUCGACUGAAUCAUUUUAUCGGCAAACCAAGCAAAGGGCUGAUUUUUCAUUGAAUCACUUAAAAAUAAACAGAAAGCUUGGGUUGGAUCAAAUCAGUCUAUGUCGUUGAGUUAAGGCCUCGUCACUAUGCUGUUGUUUGAGAGAGGCGGUGGCACGCCCAUGGGCAGGCUUUGGCUGUUGUAUAAAAUCCUGGUGAUUGUUCGUUGUGGACCAGGGAAUGUGGUGGUAAAUCUGGGCGCAGGUUUUUGUCGUUUCAGCCACCUGAGCACUCAUUCGGCCUUUUUGACGACGCCGUCUUGACAGUGGGUCGAAGUGGGAUAGACGGCGACCGUGCGUUAGACGUACCGCAAGUCUAGAGUCAGUAUAGAUCAAUCCACUCACCGUUCACCCUGCCUUUGCAACACACGGUGGAUAUCUUUGGUCCCGACGACUGAACUGUUGUGCAAAACUAGGUUUUUCCACGUCAACUAAUUACUGUCAGGUGGUUUGUUUUUUUAGCCACUUUAUUCUGCUUCGGUACAGUAGUCUGGCUGAUCGGUGGAAAAUCGCAGUAAACACCACCCCGGUUAUAUUUGAGAUUAAUUCUACCCAGACAACCUGUGCAAGAAGCGAUAAACAACAUACAGGUAACGCAUCUAUGCCAGUGGCGGAGAAGUGCAUCCGUACUGGAGAGGGCAAAUGUGUUUGCAUCGCAUGGUUAUCGUUAGAUGCUUUCUGUGAGAAAUGCAAGUGCCCUUCAUCUACUAAACAGCUCAUUCUGUUCGUCUACUGUGGCGGAGAUAUAAAAGCUGCUCAAAGUCUUAAACGCAGAUUCUUCAUUCAAACGGAAUGCGUUACUUCUUUAUUUCUGAAAUUUUACUCGUGAUAGUUCUCCUUCUAUCGCAAAAAAGGUGGGUUAUUUUCCUCCUUUUCUUCUUCUUUAACUUGUUUAAUAUUACUAUUAUGAAAGAAACCCUGGCACAUCUUUGUUAAAACUGAACUUUUUCCAAGUAAAACAUACCCUAAUGCUGCAAUUAGGCUAAACAGUUAUCGACAGUUAUCAGAACACAUGUAAAAAUGCCCAAAAAAUUUAUACAUAUAGAAUUUAUUGUCAGAUUAUGAUGUCUACGCAAAAUUCAAUAGGGCUGAAUGAUAUGUUUGUUUAAAAUAAAGGUCUUUAGCAGAUUCUUUUCAGGCUUUUUAGUAGAUCCGGCCUUAAGGAGAUGGCUUUCAUAAACCGAAUGAUAAUUUUAAAACCGGGAGAUUCUACUCCAAGAUUAUGAGGUGAACUUUAUUCAAAAUUACAGCCUGCAUAUUUCAUAGAAUUUGGUCAUUUGACAAAAAUUUCAAGCAUGCUUGCACGAUUUUGAACAGAGUAUGCAUUUUGCACUCGGUUAGCUAUAAGUCUGGAGAUAUUUCAUGAAAGUGCCAUUAAUUAAAUUUCGGCAUACAUACAUAUCCUAGCCAAAAUUAUGGACAAAGUAGGUUUCAUAAGAACGGCACAUGUCGAGUGUAUGCUUGAAUGGACUGAGUGUUGGCAUGCUCUGGUAAUCGCAGUUUUCAGAAAAAUAAAGUAAACCUAAAAACAUCUUGCUUCAAAGACAUCCAAUCGCGCUAAGUAGAGCCUUUUGCUGCUUACAAAAUCCAGUCCUACUAGGCAAAGUGUUGCCGAAGAGUUAUUGGAAAUAUUCUUGAUGUAGAAAACUUAUUUCUUAUUAUUGUACACAGUGUUUUCGCCUGUUUCAAGACUUUAAACGCCAUAGUUAAUAUUUGCUAUCGCAAUCAACGUGGCACUGGGCCCGCGGCUGAACUUUAGUGCGGUGGACCGUUUAAUAAAUUAAAGAAUCCGCGAUCUAAUCUAAAGGCCCUGCAAACCGGAAACUGGGUGAAGCCAUUUGCCCGCAGCUGAUGGACCAAAAAUGGCCAUCUCGGUCUCUCUUACCUUUGUCAAUUUUCCUUCUCAAAUAGUAUUUCACCGAUUUUUUGAAAAAUCCAUUGCAUUUAGCAUCCUGUUGCUCUAGGGACAGCCCUUAUUCCGAGUUAAUUACUGAACUCUGCAAGAAUCGAGUACAAUACCUCAUGAACGGCUUCAAUAAAUUGUAAAUAUUAAACGAAACUGCAAGUCAUGCCAGCUUCAAAGGAUUACCUGAUAUACACAAAUUUUAAACUAUGGGCAUGACUUUCAGGCAUCGCUUUGAUCGAGACACAAAGACUCACAUACGGCGUAUAAAUAGCACAUCUGUUGCACUCUAUGUCUAGCAUAAUUCAAAAGGUCAUGAGAAGAAAGUUAAAAUGUUGACUAAUAUGCUCGUCACAUUGCAUGAUGAAAGGGGGUUCAUUUGCAGUUCCUGCUUUGGUCAAGUUUGCAACUUUCAGCCGUAGAUACAAUCAUAAUUACGAGGAUGAAUGUACAAAAUUCUGACUUGGAGACGUGUCGCAUAAAAUUUAUUAUCGAUUGGAAGGAACCAGCCAGCUGAAUUUAUAAUAUUUAACAUCGUGCAGCAAAAUGCCAGAGCAUGCCAGUCGCGUCGAGAUGCCAGCAUUUAAGUGGACUUCAUUGAAUUCCGAGGUCCCCGUAGCAUAAAACGCACUUUAUUGACUGGACGCACAAGCAUUUCAUUACUCAUUCUCAUGAGACAGCAAAUUUUAUCUCUGAAAGUAGGUGUGCUUCAGUUUUAAAGACACUUUUCUGUUUAGGGUUUGCGUUUAGGCUUCCUAAAUUACAAAUUGGCAUCUUGGUGGGGUUGUAUUAUCUUGAGAUAGCGUUACAACCCCCCUUACCAAUCGUUUCUAUUCGAAGAUAUAUUUUUCAAUUUUGGUAAAUAGUUUAUGAAAUAUUGCAGUUACAUAACGUCUUUGCUGCAGAUAGGUCACGAUACUUGAUAAUUACUUAAUUAGUCUGUCAUAAUAAUUUCGGGAUUUUAUAGAACGGAAUAUUUGAGAAUUAAGCAGUCAUUUUGGAAAUGAAUGUCGGGAAAGGGAGUUAAUACUUAUGUUUCAUUGCAGUUGGGGGGAAGUUCGCAAGUAUGCAAGUGACGGAAAGUAGAACAGCAAAAUCCUAAGUUAUGUGUUUUGUCCUCUGAACAUGUAAUACGUCCGGCUUUACGCUCACACUUAAAUCGAUUCAUUUCUUCUGUUUCAUCAAAGCCUGUCAAAAAACAUUUGCCAAUGGAACAGCAGAAAAAUAAUAUCCACAAGCGGCUAUUAUAAACUUACGACACUAAGUCCUUCUUAUUACACGGUAGGUUUUAUUUCAAGCAUAUUGAUAAUCUUUACACAAUGUGUCCUCCAAAAAACACUCAGAUAUGCAAACUCUAGUGUCAUGCUUUAUUAUCUGUUGUAAUAUAAAUCUACUCCCCACUCAAACAACCUAAUCCGGGUUUUUUAAUGCAUGUUGAUAACUUCUAACCUUGUUUAUGUGACUGUUUGAAUUCUAAAUCAUGACCGGCAUAGGAAAUUGCAUUACCGACAUAGGAAAUUGCACAUGUGUCAAUAGUUGAUUUUUUUGAAAUCUAAUGGUACAUUUGCCUCCUGCCAAGGCCUCUUCUUGCAUGAUUUAUAAUGUUAGAUAUUUCUGAGCAGGAUACUUUUUCCUAAUUCGUCAGAAGUGCGAUUCGAAUAUAUUCUUAUAGGUCUUACAGGAACAAAUGCAUUGUUUCUUUUAUUACAUAGAUGUAACAAGGGAUUAUAUGCAGGUUACAUGCGUUAUCUACUAAUAUCCGUUAUAGGCUGAUCCUUUCCUGCGGUGUUUUUUGACUAUAUUUCUCGCUAAAAGAUUGAAUAUCAAACGCUAUUUUGAUAACGGUUGCUUCAAAACCAAGAAAUAAGUUGUCCGUCUUAUUUCAAAUUGUUCUAGAAGGGUUUCAUAAACGGACAAAAAUUCUCAACCUCUUGGUGGAAAUUAUACACUUGCGAGACAGACAGUCGCAGUUUCCAAUGCUACAGCGGCAAAAGUAUGUUCUGCACCUUUGUCAGAUUACUUUGCCACAAUGUGGCAAAAUCACUAAAGUACAAGUGUUUUACUGCGGGCGUAACAUUUUAACAGCAGCUAAGUAUAGCAACAAUAUCAAAUAUUUUACUGAAGACUUGUCACUAAAACGCUUUCACCAGCAAUUAUUCCGAAAUUAAUUUAAAUACCUUCUUGGCUUUUAUCUCAUACAACGAACGGCGGAUUUACCAACUGUGGGCUAGAGUACAAGUAGAUUACAAGCGGCUGUGUGGUUGACAAUACAGAGUAAAUAUUUUGAAAUAAUAUCUAGCAUUUAUGGUAAAAAAUCCAUUCAAAUAAGCGUCUCAUUAAUGAAGGUGCAUGAGAGAGAAUGGUCAUGGAAGUAAAUGAAUGAGAAAUAAUUUCGACCGUUUGCAGCUUUCGCGCGAACUGGAAAUUACUGUCUUCCCAGUGUGCUUAGUUUAGAACCUCGGAGGCAAGUAUAACCUUAGGAAGUUAUAUUACUUUUUUCAAUUGUGGAAAAUCCUACUAACUUUUCGAAAACAUCUAUCACAAAUUUAUAGGCAAUUAUUGGAUAUAGUGAUUUAAUUGGCUUAGGGGAAUAGAUCACUAAGUAAUAAAACCAGCUUGCUCAAUUUGUAAAGCAUCAUUUAUCUACAGCGGAUAUCUAACAAAUGAUUAAUAAUUGUUUUGUCUAAUGGCAAGUAAAGUCAUAUUUUCAGAAAGGAAUAUUGCGUCCAUCUAAUCGGCAUUAUGUUAUAUUACUAACUUGGGUAAAAGUAAGUGGAUGACCUUCACCAAGUAUGCCGUUGUAAUUGGGAUGGUUUCGUUUGUGGCUACACAUAAAGCAAUAAGAAGACGCUGGCCACUAUGCUACUCAGGACCGGUUCCGGACAGGAAGAGAUGGAUUUGGACGCCAGCUAAUAGGAUACUGUAUUCUAUGAAGAAGGAUUGAAGAGCCCGCCGGAGAAAGCUGGGCAACGGAAGAGAGAACAUGUCUGGCGCCGCGAGAGGUGCGGCCCCGUUGGCGGUGGGAAAUGCGUUACAGCGGGUUGAGCGAGGGCUCGUCUUAGUCAGCCUUGAAUGAGAUUGGCCGGUUUGGACAGCCGUGGUUGACCGUGGCCCAGACUACCGCUGAUGCGCUCGUGCAAGUACCCGCAAGAGGCGCAGUGUUCCAAUAGGCGCCCGGAGUGAUGUAGUGGGGAGGAAUGAGGAACGUAUCAAUGGCAGUGUUGGCGGCAGUGUGAGUGGCGGCGACUGACAGGAAGGAGUCAGGAUAAUAGGAGUGGCUGGGGAAUGCUGAUGGUGUGUUUGUUGAUUUGAUCGUCGGGCAUAUCCAUUUGCCAGGCUGAUAUUUACUGGUUUAAGUGAAGAGAUACCACCGGUGAUAUCUAUUACUGGGAAGGACGUCCAGGUGCUGGGACUAAUGGAAGGACUGCAUUAAUGGAUAGGACUAGAACCAGGGCGUAGAAUCGAUAGACUAAGGUUUUUUGAUGAAAUUCAUUUCAACUCAUGAUAAGUUGUCAGCAACAGCAUAUUCCUAUCGACAGACACAAGGGAGGCACUUAAAUGAUGCCGAAAGGGAAUUUUAUAAUGAUAGAGCUCAUCUACUUCUGGCGGUUGUAUUUCAUUCAUGUCGGGUCUGCCAACUGUCAAAAUGGAAAGUAGGCACGAGAGUUCCGAAGAGACAGCUUGCGGCAACUGCUGGCUUACCCUCCUUUACGCUCGCCAAAAUCAUUAAAAUUUGUCCAGCAUAAGUUCUCUUCCCUGAAGGGUGAUUUGGGAAUCUUCGUGUUAUCACCCACUGGUAACGUUCGCUUUUGCACUUCAUCUCGACAUGCUUAUGUUUCAGUGUAUUUUAAACAGACUCUUUUACGCAGACGUUUCACAGUAUACUUUACCUUCUGUCACUCUGAUAAGUCCCUUGGCUUUUCAUAGCACGAUUUAAAAUGAGGUACAGUCAGUUCUUUUUGUUUCCCUGACGUCCUACUACUUACUAUGGUUUGUCGGAUUUUAGAUGUGAUCGGAUUUCGUUUGGACCGAACAGGCGUCUAAAGCGCUUUUAAAUUGCGAGGGGUGAUUCCGAUAUUUCAAACCGACCUUAUAAAACUACUUAACGCAUAGCAAAAUGUGAAAAAUAACGAGUCCGGGCCACAGUAAGUUUGUAUUUAGAAAAGUGGUAAAGUUUUAUUGAAGAUGAAGACACGAUCGCUGGGACAAGAGCUUUAGUAACCUGACGGUUCGGAUUCCUGCUCGAAGCCAUCAUCAGAGACAAAAGCAGAUAAGGGUGGUUCAUGCAUAAGGGGCUGCAGUAUUUAUAGGAUGCAGUAGUCAUGCCGCCGCAUGCCUAUGACUACUCACGGCUUCCUUCCCUUCAUCAGGGAUCGUUGCACGUGGCGUGGCGGCCGACAUUCGCGUCGUUAAUUGCUGCAAUUUCAUCACGAGCGUUGGAUGUUGGUGUGAUUACUGCUCGACCAUUUGAUGCACUGACCGGGGUGUUGGGAAGAGUCUUCACCUGUGCGCUCCCCGCGUGGCCGAUUACUUUGCCUAGGCGAAGUCUUAGCACCGAGUAUGGAAUGGGGGCCAGUAAACCAUGACUUAAUAAUCUCCCGGCUCACGCGGUUGUCACCUCUUGCGAGAAUUUCGGCCUCGUCGAAUUUGAAUGUGUGUCCGGAUCUUGUCGAAUGAGCCGCAACUUGAGAGCUGACCUCAUUUCUCCGCACCGCUGCAGCGUAUUCGGCCAUUCGCGUUUGGAGUUUUCUUCCGGUUUCUCCGACGUAGCCUCCAGAUUAAGCUUAGCAUAAGUGCUCCCUCUCAACUGAACGCAGGAGGAACAAGGUGCUUAUUAAUGGCAAUGUUGUCGGCAGUGUGGACGACUAUAGUUGGCAGAAGAGAGUCAGGAUAACAGGGAGGUUGGGGGAAAGCCGGUGGUUGAUUUGUUGAUUUGAACGCCGACGGCAUAUCCGUUUGCUGUGUUGGUAUUUGUUAGCUUGAGUAAGGGGACACCACUGUUCAUACCGGACACUGGGAGGGACAUCCAGGUGCCGGGACUAAUGGAUGGACUACUCCGAUUGACUGGAUAGAAACCAUGUCGUUAGCUUUACGACCUGCGGUUGUUCGAUUAGUCCCAUUUCACCAUAUUUUAAAUAGGCUGCUUUGAAUUUUACCUUCCUGCUAUUUUCAUGAGGUCUCGACGGUUUUUCAUGGUUUCUCGACGUCAAAAAAUGCAUAACUCUGAAUUUUACAUUUACUGUUGCAUAAUCAAUGCGCAAAAUAAUGGCAGAUGAGUCGUCCUUAGAAAAGUCCUGUGCUAAGCAUGGACAUUAGAAACUACUUACAGGUUAGCGUUCUCGGAUCUCUUCAAACGUUUAACAUAUGCUAUGAAGGUGCCCGAUUACAUAAGGAACAUAGAAUUCUUCGUUCAGUUGAGGAUGUAUUUAUGAAACAAGAGUUCACACAAAAUUAACGAAUUUCUAAGAAACUGAAAAAUAAUGUUAUGAUCUAUCAUUGGCUGUCAAAUUUCACAUGAGAUAGGAUUUCGUUAAGACUGAAUAGGCGUAUAAAGCGCAUCUCAAAUGCAAGUGUUGAUUCCGAUACUUCAAUCGGACAUUAAAGACACUUGAUUUAGCGAAAUGCGGGAGCUGUAGAUUCCGGAGCAGAACAUGUUCGCAUUUACAAAAGUGGUAACGUUGAAUUUCAUGGCAUGCAGUGCGGUCUCAAAAAAGUCGAUUUAAUUUGCACAAACGUUACAUCGGGUGAGUUUAAAAAUAAAUUGGAACAAUUCAGCAGCCAGGCAUAUGUGGCAUAUUUUAAUUGUUCGCGGGCCUUAAGGAUUCUGUGCGUGUUUUGUACCAUGAUUCAGCAGACCAUGGCCCUCGCAGCCUGGUGGGCGCGGGCAGUUCUCUGGAGCCAGGUUUCCGGCCGGUAGAUGCGCUUUCGCUCCCGCUGUGUAUACAGGUCGCGUGUACGACUGCCCAGCCGUCCCACUCUUUCUGUUCUCAUUGAUUUUAAUUAAAAACCAUGGCCAAAUAUUUGUUAUGGGCCAGGGAAUGUGGAGUUGUACGCCUAGACACACGCUCGACCGCGCUACUCACUUGCGUCCUACCCCCAGACGGUGACAUAUGCCAUCCUGUAUUGCCGACGGUUUUGCCAAAAAUUUUAGAUCAGGGUUGGUUUAAGUUUACUGAAAGGCUGCUAUGCUGUGAUUCAGCAAACCAUGAUCCUCGCAGCCAGGCGUGCGCUGGCAGUUCUCCCGCACCUUGUUCCCUGCCGAGAAAUUCGCUUGCGGUCCCGCUGCGUACACAGAUAGUGCGCACGGUUGAACAGUGACUUGCGUUAUCCUUCCCCUUCUGACUCCAUUUUGUUGCCGGUUAAAAUGCUGGUCAAGUGUUUGAUGUAGACAUGGAGGUAUGGUGGUACGCUUACGUGCGGGACCGGGAGUGCCGGCCACCUGCGCCCUCUCCCGCCUUCGGUCUUCUUAACUACGUCCGGACACUAAGCUCAGACGCGAGAGGAGGAGGGAGUGCGGCAGAUUUUAAGCAAGCAUACUAUUACUAUAAACUGAUUCAAGUACAAGCCAUUGUGCUUACUCUCACCUUGCUGUAGCGCACAUGGUGGACAUCAUCGGUGGACAACAGUCGAACUGCCAAUUGUUUGCCCUCUGUAUAUACUAAACAUAUCGUUUAUCCAAACUGGCUAUUCGAGGCAAACAAGCUUCGAAUAGGUGAUGGAGUCCGCGAACAGGCGACCAUCUGUCAGGACAGGCUAUGAGGACAAGGAACGCGGGUAGACUGACGCAGUAUUGUUUCGGGUUUAUUCUCCCUCUGACAUCAUUUAUCGCCGCGUUCGUAUAAAACUUUCAUUUAAUCUCACAGCACACGGCUUGGAUGUCACAACACUGGAGUUUGAGAAUAUAACCGGAGUGGAUACCGUUGUCAUUAAUUCCACCUACCCGAUUACGGUUCAUCGGGUAAAAAAGCCCGCGAAAUCCACCAAAAUACGUAAGUAUUUAACUUUGUGUUUACCUGGAUAAAAUCUAUCCUUUCUUUCAAUUGUCAAACAGAUUCUGAAAAGCAAUUUGAGCUUAGUUAAGUUAGGCUUAUUUAAAUGAUGAGCCAAUGCAAACAUCCGGCAAAAGGCAUUGUUUUAAUGAAUAGCCCUUAGACAUUUCACGCAAAAUGGUAUGUUAGGGGAGAAAAGUACCAAAUGUAAUCCACUUAUAAACGGAAAUAAGCCAAGUCAUUAAUAUUUGUGAUGUGACCACAGAUCAAGUUACACAUAAAUAAGGCAAACCUGAACUCACUGACUUCCCUUCUCUCUAAAAGCUCGCUUCCAUCUUAUGGAGUCAACAGAAUUCAACUACUGCCCGAAAUGGGACCAGCUGAAUCUAACAUGGACCCUGAUUGGAGAUGUUACUUCGACGCAACCUGUAGGUUUGAAGGAAAUUUUUCUAACACAAUGGCCUUUAACCUCUACAGCUGACGUGUUUUGCAAAUAAGACAAAACUUUGUGAAGGAACCACCACGGAGAUGAGUGAGAAAUCAGGAAAGUGUGGUAAGUCAAAAUUUAAUUGCGGUCGAUUCUCGAAUCUCGGUCUCAGUUGCACAUGUCCCCUUAUAAACAGUCUGACGCUCUCUGAAACUAUCAUGACACGAUAAAUGACAUAGCAUGGAAGACUAGAAACCGACUGGAUACCAAUCGGCAAAGGCUCCCUCCGAAUGUUGCCUCUUCGGCACUCUCACUUAAGUUAAAUUGGAACAACUUCUCUCUUGUUUCUGCUAAACCGUUGCCCAUCGUGUUCGGACUGGAUCAUAUGUGGCGCGUCUAGAUGAGUCGUUUAAUUCUUAUUCAAGCACCGUGUUCGAUCAUCCUGCCUCUGUACCAGAGGUAGGAGGAAGGAGAGAUUGGAGUAGGUGCCGCAUCAGACGGUUAUCACUAAAAGUCACUUCAUGCUUGAGCAACCCUCCCUGGGUCCUGUACGCUGUAGGGGACAUAAUGAACAUCGCCGUCCUCGACGGACGAAAUGGCGUCUCAACUUGGCGCGGAAAUUAUAGUGAACAAAAACGGCACCCAAAACGCACUGGGUGAGUAUAAAGUCAUUUAAAAACAAUGUGAGCCAUAUUUGUAAGUGCCUGCGGCACCAGUAUCUCCAAGCCGAAAAUAUCUGAAACGUCGAAAUUCAUCAGAAUGAAUGCUGCAAAUUACGCAUAAGGCAAGAUAUUUAAGAGAAACUCUCUCUUUCACCUAUUGCACUCAAGCUGAGUAUCUAUGGGAAACCCGAAACAUCAUUGCCCCAUGAAUGGAAAAUGCAUAACGUUAAAGACGUCGAGAAGGUCACUCAUCAAUUUCCGUUAUCAUGUUCCAUGAGGUAGUUCACAUACUAUACGCCUGUUCAAUCUGGGACAUUUUCGGUGACGAGAAGAGAUAGUCACGUCUUGGAAAGUUAAUAAUUUUCAAGUAGAUCACUUGACAACAAAAAUGCUCAUGUGCAAAUUUAAAUUUUGUCUUACUAAUGAGAAAUGACUUCUUGGGCCGCAAAAUGAGGAAGUUUAUCAAUGCGAAGAAGGGUUCGAAGACGUCUUUUGAUUUUGUCAACCAUCGCGGAAGAAAAUUAGAUAGAACUUUGUAAACGAAAAGAUGCUAAAGUACUCAUCAGCAGCGAAUGAGCUCUGUGUCCUUUCAAAUAACACCAGUAAAAAUUCGCGAAUAAUCAUUCUUGAUAAGCAGUCAACUUGGUGCUUAAAAUCGAUUAAUCUUACUAAGGAUGCUUGAAGUUCCCGUAAUCCAAGACAGGUAUUUACGCACGGUGAUAAGUAAAUCUAAAGACUAACUGAAUGAUACGAAAGACGCCAAAACAGGUUAAAAAACCGAUAUUAAACAAACUGAAGCAAUAUCGUCUGAAUCGUCACUCAAGUGACAAAGCAACGAUUGGUUAAGUUAAAUGAAACACGAACAUCGCAAAACUAAUAUGCCUUUCUUUAUAAACUGAUACUAACACUGCCCAUGCAGACCACAGACGUUACAGAAACAUACGAAGAUACGAUUCUCGACUAGGCUGUUUAAAGAGGAGUGGAAGUCCACCGGUAGAGAUUUAUUUGCCAUUUGACGCGUCGAGUAGUCGUCUAGACUAAUUGUCUUCAGAGACUGUAGAGCUCUGAGCACACCCCUCGUUAUACGGCGUAUUUUGUGCUGCACGUAUAUUGCCAACGUCGACUGAUGCUGAAUCAGACCAUUAUUUCACCGUGAUCUGUGUCGUCCCCAACUUCACUGACUGUCGCUAAAAUUGUCAGCCCCGAUGGUCUCAAGCCAUCCCUGUCUCACUUCGAUAAGAUCCGUUAAAUCAGAAGGCCAAUUUGCAUGGCUCUUGGCUGAACAGCUACACUUUCGUUUGAUUGUCGCUUAUACCUAUGGUCUUAACGACCUUGAAGUUGAAGUUGUGCCCCAUCUGAACGGCAGGGUUUGCUACAUCUGACUGUCGGCAGGAAAUGGCUCCGUUAUCGUGAUUAUGGAUGGGAUCUCUUAACCACAUGACCUGCCGGUGGAUAAUUCAGUCAGGCCUAUGAAAAGCUCCCGUCCGGAAUGAUGCAGGGGUUGAUAAUGAUAAGCAUUUUACUGAGCUCUUGCGUGUGUACAGUCAUAUUAACUUAAAGACAUGUCCACAAAUAAAACUCGAAACGAAUAAGUAUAAUGACAGAUUUGUCUUAAAAUGAAUGAUGACUAAAGGAGUAGGCGGCCGCCUAUUGGCAUUGUAAAAAGCACGAGUGGAAAAUUAAGAUAAGACGUCGAGCAAAGAGGGGAAAUAUCGCCUCGAAUACUUUGCCAAAAUGAUGCGAAAUAUAAGUGAUUUACGAGUUUUUAGGCAAACAUGGCUGUCACUCAUGGGAAGAAAAUAAGGGUGUGGGACAGAACCGCACAUGGAAAAUUAGAGACCUUCAUUGUCAAUGAAAGUACGCAAAUCAGAAGAGGUCAGUUGUAGCCAAAUACGUGGUAAAUGCGAUCAUAACAUUUUCUGGCCGACAGGAGAAACGACCAUCCAAGUGUGCAUCGAGGGAACCAACAGUGAUCUUUGAUGGUUCCUUUCAAUCUGAAAUGAAGAGGGAAUGUUAGAUCCUUCAUUGUUGAAGAUGACAUUAAAAGUGGUUAAACAACGAAUUAGCAACAUGGGGGUCGGUAGAAUUUAUUGAGGUUCUAAGCGAACAAGUGAAUUGUGCGGCAUCUGUCCAUGGCCUUAGAGAUCCCGUUCAUAGACAAGAUGAGCCGUUGUGAAAGAUGGGUUGGACGGCCGCCUAUUGGCGUCGUAAAAAGCACGAUUGGGAAAGGAGGAUAUGAAGUUAAGUAAAUAGCAAAAAUAACUCUUAGAACAAUUAGCAAAAACGAUACAAAAUAAACGUGAUUUAUGAGUCUUUUUAAAGCGACGAAGAUUCUCCCAUGCGAGCAAAAUAGGUCUUUUUUGACAGGAACUCCCCGCUAAUGAUUCUAAUCGUUCCUCUUCAAGGAAAAUUCGCGAAGCCGAAGAGGUAAUUUGCGACCACAUGCACGGCCGAUGCGACCAUAAUAUAUACUCACUAACGGCAGAAACAACCGUCCAGGUGCAAAACAGAGAGACCUACGGGCAUUCUUAGCAGUUUCUUUAAGUUUGAAAUGAGAAGGGGAUGUUAAAGCGAUCGAACGACAACAUUUCAGGAGACGGCACAACUGAAUUUAGGAGUCAAUUAACAGCACCGGGGCUUGUUAGAAUUAAGUGGGAGUUGACGGCUGAAAAAUUGAAUUACACUAGAUGUACAUGCGGCCUUGUUUUAUCCUUUCAAAUACAGAUUACUCUUCUAUGAGUUUUGUUUAAUUAUUCAGUCAGUAUAUUUGGAGUAAAUUAUCUAGGCCCUGGAAAACUCCAUACUAACAACACAGUUCUGCAUAAAAAGCAAUCGAUUAGCGAAUUUAUUAAGGCAAUUUUUGAAUAUAAAAUGCGCAAGGCAGAUAGUAUAACAGGGGGACCAAAAGUAAAUUUAUUCGAUCAUUUCAGUAUCCAAUCAUGCUCUGCUAAAGGUGGACAAAAGGUGUCGUCAACGUUUCAUGCCCAAAAAUUAGGUUUUUACUCCGCGAAUAGCUCUCUUUUGCGGUUUCGGAAAACAGUCGUAAAAAUCAACACUAAGACUAUUGAACAUAUCGGGAUGCCCUUAAUUUACAUUUGAUUGGUCUUUGUGGAAGAAGACUUUGUCUUGAUGCAUGUUGGUUAACUUGUUAUAGUUACCGACACUAAUAAUAACUCUCGUGGUUUUAACAAGGCUCUAUUGUCAUAUGCCGUCGAGAUAAUGUACCAACGAUAACGUGAGCACUUUGCUAAUUAAUUGUGGCAUUACAAAGCGACAUUUCCAAAUAAUGAGAACAUAAGCAUCAGAAUUUUAUUUCCGCACCCUCCUAACAGUUGUCUCUGAGGUCUCAGGACAAUUGAACUUCACGCUGACAGUUUCAAGACAGAAUGCAACCGGACUGUCAUUCUACUACUGCCAACUGAAUGCAACAUUGGGAGAGAUCGUGACCUACGUGGUAGACUGGAGAGGUCUGUCUGUCAAUUUUUAAAUUCAUUUGAAACUCCGCCCAUUUGCAGCUGUAUUUCGGCUUUUAAUCCAGCGUAUUUAGACAUUAUGACGGCGCAGAUCUCGAAUUCUCCUGUAGUAGGUAUUAUUGUUUUUGAUAGUUUGAUGUCGUCGGUAAAUUAUUCGCCUUAAGACCACGGACGAGUUAAAAGAGGAUGUAAAUGUGGAGAUAUCGCAUAAGUAGAAGUGUUUAAUGGUUGCUACUGACAAAGAAUACUAGACUACAUUAAUUAAGGUGCCUGUAUUAUUCAUGAAUCCUUCGUUUAAACGCAUCUCCGGACAAUGUCUAUGGAAGGGUUUUCCAGAUAGUUAAUCUUGUUUUUAUAUUUUGGCUGUGAGGCAAGCAUGCGCCUGCACAUAAUGCCUGCGGUUUUUAUAUGCCGUUUUAUAUGGAAACAUUGUGAGUUUCAUCGACUUCGGCGUCCAGUGUGUAUCAUAUGCUUUCUGUAUGCUUAGAUAUGGAAACGGUUUCUAACUUACAAAUCUAACGUACACAAAUAACCACAUACAACGGGCUUCAAGAACACAUGAAUGAAAAAUGCUCCUAUUAUCGAGUUAAAUAUCUUACUAAAACGCAAUUAUUCAUAAUGUUGCACGCCAGUUGCGACUGUUUUGCGUUUUUAGCCCGAACAAUGAUAUAAUCCCCGAAAGCAUAUAAAAUUAACGACAGAUAGUUGAACAUUUACGUAAUAUUUUAAGGAAGAGGCGGUAUAAUACAGCGCAAAGUGCGACUUUAAACCCCUUUAAAAUAUUGUCAGUAAACGGACGACAUUUGUGGCCAGAAAGCAUUUUUUCAGCCGUUAUACGGUUGGUUUGGGUAUACAGUGUUGUCAUAGACAGUUACGUCCUGUUAGCAGAUUAAUGUUAAAGACCAAUAUUUAAGGUCACUUUGUUCGCCGAUUCGAGUCAAACGACAAAUAGUGUUUCUCAUUUUUUUGCUAUCCUUCACGAUUGUUCACCUUCCUGAAGACGACUAGAAAAUUUGUGCCUUUCACGUAGCACCUGCACGCCCGACUAAAUUCUCGAAGAAAUUCAAAUUUUGCGUUUGAAAACAAGGACAUUGUCAUUAACACGAGGUCUUUCCUUUCACUUGCAAGAUUCCAGUCCUCUACCGGCUGGAGGCAUUCCACCAGUAAUACUUCCAACUCCUCCAACGUUUCUGCCACUUCUGUCCUGCAAUGAAGGGCGGGAACGCCGUGGUGCAACCUAA